AUGGAAGACAAUAAUGCUGUGGCUCCCUUGUUGGUGGGACUCAGGUUUCAGCCUAGUGACGCCAUGCUACUGGGCUAUCUCUUCAGCAAAAUCACUGGCAAGUCCAGGCUGCAUCUUGAUCAACAAGUAAUCAAGGAUUUUAACUUGUACGGAGAGAAAGAACCUUGGGAAAUAUGGGAGUUGUACGGUGGGGAUAAUCUUCGGUCUGGUGAAGAUCUCUACUUCUUCACUCAGUCAAAGAAGAAAACUCAAAACAGUUCAAAGAUGAACCGCUUGAUUGGAACCGGUACUUGGAUGAUAACUGGGCCGGCCGAGGCAAUAACAUAUUCCCAAUUAUCAGCACAGCCUUUGGGGUUCAAGAAACGGUUUCGAUAUAAGGGUGAAGUGGCGCAACAAGUAAGUCAAUGGAUCAUGUUUGAGUAUAGUUUGGAUACUAAUUUGGUGUCCAUGAAUGACUGCAAUUAUGUGCUUUGUCGACUAAAGAAGAAGGAUCUUAAGGAGGAAAAAGGUUGA